GAACAUGAAUAUAUUGGUCUUUAUCAUGAUUUUAUUGUUUUUGCUGGUAGAGUAGAUAGCAGACCACUCUCUACCAGAUCAGAUACUCAUCAUGAGAGUGGCUGAGAGUGAGUGAGAGGAAGUGUGAACAGAGAGACAAAUUAUUGCGAAACUCCAUGUAUGCUGUAGUAGGCUAGAGUAGGAGGGUGUAUGUAGUGUAGUGGGGAGGUGAUCAUACUCAGUGCAUGGCCACUCUAUAAGAUGCUCAUUUGCAUUUGCCUCGCUCUUUCUGACUGAUUGAAACUUAACACCAGAGGUAACCGUUCUCUCUCUGUCAAGAUUUAUUUUGGUUAAGACAAGUUUUGCUUUCUGUGACUGCUCUUUGGGGAGGUGGUCAUUUAUGUGAAGGAUUUCCACAUUUCUCAUAUCUAGAAGUGGAAUUUGUUUCUUCCACUACAUUUUGUCUUGUCUUGUCUGCUGACAAGACAACCUGAGGAGUCAUACUGUACAACCCACACUAGUGCUUGGUCUUGCUCUGGGAAAUCUCUCUGUGUCUCUCGUUGUGUGCCGGGACCCCUGGUGCGUGGACCUCGCUCGGGUACUACUUGACUACCUCUUGGAGGAUCCUUUUUCAGUUCCUUAUAAUCUCUGAUCGGAGAGAUCAUGGCUGAGGGUGGUGUCCCGUACCCCUCCGUGUUCAUGGUGGAUAGCCAUGCAGCCUACCCACCGCUGCCCCCCAAACCGAGACCUCCUGGUCGGGGUGGUGUGGCCCACAGCCUGCUGUUCUUGCUGGUUGGUCUGGCUUUGUGUGGCUUGGCCAUAGAGGCCUGCUUCAUCUACCACCUCUACUCCAAACAGGGAUCUGCGGAGUCAGGGUCAGCUGGUAUGAGUAUCCAAGACCAUGAGGAAUUUCCGAAGGAGGUUCCCCCAACUUCAAGACCAAACCCUAUUGUGUUGCCUUCAAAACCUGUUGCACAUCUGACAGCUGGACCUCAAGCACCCCAUGGAGAUGGAGUCAUGGUAUGGAACAUGCAGGCAGAACCAAUCCUCCAUGAAAUGGAGUACAAAGAUGGGAAGCUUGUCAUCCAGAAGGAAAGCUACUACUACGUCUACUCUAAGAUCUUCUUCAGUGAGGUCGAUGUUGCAUUCACACACUCGGUCUGCAGAACUACUCCACGGUACCUUGGGAAGGACAUUGAACUCCUUAAGUCCAGGAGAUAUCACCCCAAGUUUGGGAAAAUGAUGUCCACAUCAAACAGCUACCUGGGAGGGGUGUUCCACCUCUUUGAAGAUGACUCCAUCUUUGUCAAAGUGAAAAAUGUCACUCAAGUUCGGAUACAACAUUCCACAGAGAACGUGUUUGGUAUCUAUAUGAUAUAAUACGGUUGAUGAUGAAGAUACUUUUUUUUAGAUAGCUGGAUGAUUAUCAUUGGUUUAAGGCAUAAUAAUACUGUAGGCCAAUUUACAUGUAAUAUUGCUACGCAGGGCCUUCCCCCUUCCCGGCACAUCCUCAUUUUCUUUAAACAAAUCCUUGCAUCAAGAUGCAUUUCGAUGAGUGGAAAAUGUACUGUUGAAGAAAAAGCCCCUUUAUAAUAAAGCCAUAAUAACGUUUGCCAUACACUAGGCUACAGUUGAGCAGAGGCGUAUUUAGGAUUUCCACACAUGGGGAUUUUUUUUAGCAGGGUCGUAAAAGAAUCUGCCUUUUAAAAAACGCAUGUCAUGCAGUUCUACGUCAUUUACAUGAAAGACAUUAGUUGAAUCUUUUAAUUACCACACAACUGACUGAAAUGACUGGAUACUCUGACACUGACAAACUGAGAUCAAUCUGGUCUUGAAUUCAAACAAACAAUAGCCCAGGUCAAUGAAGCGACACACGGAUUGUACAAUAUUCAGAGGAAAUAUAUAUACAUAUAUAUACAGUAUAUACUGUAUAUCAUCGGUUACAGUAGGUUACUAAAUAAAACGUUGAGUGGCACACUGACUCACCUGAUGAUGAAGAUGAAGCCAUAGGCUUCUCACGGUGAGGGCUGAUGCGCUAGCUGUGGCAAUAGCCUAUCUCAAGAUGAGCUACUUUGAAAAAACAGUGCUGCUGUUAGCUAAAAAUUGGGAGUUGUUAAGAAAAAAAAUGUUAUUGGUUCUAAAGACUGAUUAGUCUUCUCUUUUCACCAGUAGGCAUUUGUUUUCCAAACAGUGUGUUUUUCCCACAAUUUCAUUUUGAAAUCUACAAUCCAUAGAUCCAUAGUUGGCAGUUCCCAUUCAAGUCAGAACUGGCAUCCAUUGCUAGUGUACCCAUGAGUUUAACAGUCAAAUUCCCAGGGUCAGAGGUUACAAAACACUUCAAUGGAGUAUAUAUCUAUGGCCAAAAAGCAACAAGCUGUAGCCUAUUUGGGGCGCAUGACCUUCCUGACUGUAGGCAUACCAGUAACUGCCAAAAUAAAAGAAACACAUGAGUAACCAAGGGAUACAAGGGAUACAAUAUGUUAUGGUAUGGGGUGCAUUUUCCUGGCAUGGUUUAUAUACACAUGUAUAAUCUAAGGAGCAUGGAAGCUGUUCUGGCAGCUCAUGGUGGCAGCACCCUUUUAAGACACUUUUUGUUGGUGUUUGCUUCAUUUUGGAAGACAUCUGUAUGUGCUUGUGAUAAAACUUAAUUCACCAUUUUAAAAAAAAUAAACGAUUUAUCCUUUGUGGCUAAA